GGUCUCUCCAGUGGCCUCUGCUCCUCCUGCCGGCUCCCUCGCUCCACCCGCACUGCUGGCACCACCGCCCGGGUGGCUAUUCAGCUCCAGGACAAUGGCCGCUCUGCACACGCUGUGGAUGGGGCUGGUCCUGCUGGGAGUCCUGGGAGUCCUGCAGACGCGGGCCCAGGCCCAGGUCUCCCUGCAGCCCAACUUCCAACAGGACAAGUUCCUGGGGCGCUGGUUCACCUCGGGCCUCGCCUCCAACUCGAGCUGGUUCCGGGAGAAGAAGAACGCGCUGUCCAUGUGCAUAUCAGUGGUGGCCCCCAGCGCGGAAGGAGGCCUCAACCUCACCACCACCUUCCUCAGGAAAGACCAGUGUGAGACCCGGACCCUGCUGCUGCGGCCGGCGGAAACCCCAGGCUGCUACAGCUACACGAGUCCCCACUGGGGCAGCACCCACGACGUGUGGGUGGUGGCGACGGACUAUGAGGAGUACGCGCUUUUGUACACGGCGGGCACAAAAAGCCCGGGCCAGGACUUCCACAUGGCCACUCUCUACAGCCGCACCCAGACCCCAAGGGCUGAGGUAAAGGAGAAAUUCAGCACCUUUGCCAAGACCCGGGGCUUCACAGAGGAUGCCAUUGUCUUCCUGCCCAAGACCGACAGGUGCAUGGAGGAGCACAGAUAGGCGACCCCAGCCCCCAGGACCUGGCCAUCGCGCCCUGCUCUGCUCUCUCCUCCGGGAUCCCCAAGCCCCCAGUCCUGGCUCCUCCCUGCCACCACCUCUGCCCCCUCAGACUUUAUCCUGGCUCUGAGAAUAAACUCCAGAAGCAAGUCAACAAUC